AUGGACAAGCUCAUUGUUGAUAACAAAGGUCAUGUGAUCAUUUCCAACGAUGGAGCAACAAUAUUAAAGACCCUGGAUGUGGUGCAUCCUGCUGCCAGGACUCUGGUAGACAUUGCCAAGUCCCAGGAUUCUGAGGUAGGGGAUGGAACAACAUCUGUGACUUUGAUUACCGGAGAGCUGCUCAGACAGUUCAAACCAUUCAUUGAGGAGGGGGUACAUCCACAGAUUAUUGUGAGAGCUGCACGUAAGGCCCAUGCUUUGGCUUUAAAGAAGAUAGAUGACAUAGCAGUUCGCAUUAAAAAAGAUGAUCCCAAAGAGUUUCGGGAGUUACUGGAGAAAUGUGCUGCUACAGCGCUCAGUUCCAAGUUGGUAGCCGGGCACAAGGAAUAUUUUGCCAAGAUGGUGGUUGAUGCUGUGCAAAUGUUGGAUGAUUUACUUCCACUCAAUAUGAUCGGCAUCAAGAAAGUCCAGGGAGGUAGUUUGGAGGAUUCCUUGCUAGUGGCAGGUGUGGCAUUUAAGAAGACUUUCAGUUACGCUGGAUUUGAAAUGCAACCAAAAAAAUACAGCAACCCUAAGAUAGCUCUGCUGAAUGUGGAACUGGAGCUGAAGAGUGAGAAAGAGAAUGCAGAAGUCCGUGUAGAUACUGUACAGGAAUAUCAGAACAUUGUGGAUGCUGAGUGGAAGAUUCUGUACGACAAACUGGACAGCAUUCACCAGUCAGGAGCCAAAGUUGUCCUCUCCAAGCUGCCAAUUGGAGAUGUGGCUACUCAGUAUUUUGCAGACAGGGACAUGUUCUGUGCUGGCAGGGUCCCUGAGGAAGAUCUCAAGAGAACCAUGAAAGCCUGUGGUGGGUCCAUCCAGACAUCAGUCCAGAACCUUUCUAGUGAUGUCCUGGGAUCUUGUGAAAGCUUUGAAGAAAAUCAGGUCGGAGGUGAAAGGUACAACUUUUUCAAGGGCUGCCCACAGGCCAAGACUUGUACAAUCAUCAUUCGAGGAGGAGCUGAGCAGUUCAUGGAGGAGACUCAUAGAUCACUCCAUGACGCCAUUAUGAUUGUCCGCAGAGCUAAGAAAAACGAUUCUGUGGUUGCAGGUGGUGGUGCUAUAGAGAUGGAGUUGUCCAGUUAUCUCAGAGAACAGUCGAGGACAAUCCAGGGUAAAGAGCAGCUUCUCAUUGCAGCAUAUGCUAAAGCUCUGGAAGUGAUCCCCAGACAGCUGUGUGACAAUGCUGGCUUUGAUGCCACCAACAUUCUCAAUAAACUCCGACAGAAGCAUGCUACAGGUUCCAGAUGGGCAGGUGUCAAUAUUCUCCAGGAGGAUGUCUCUGACAACUUUGAAGCCUUUGUGUGGGAACCUGCCGUGGUAAAGAUCAACGCCCUGACUGCUGCCACAGAGGCCACCUGCCUGAUUCUGUCUGUGGACGAGACCAUCAGAAACCCCCGCUCAGGCCAGGGAGAGCCAGCAGGCAGGGGCCGCGGCCGACCCAUGUAG